GCAUGGCAAUCAGCCGUGGGGCUUCUGGAGAACAUGACACGCUCGGAGAUCCGCUGUGACGUCGUGUGUUUGGGCGCCGCGCUGGCUGCGCUGGCGGCAGGGUCAGAGUGGAGCCGUGCAUUGCACAUGGCCAGACAAAUGGAGGAAGCUUCCAUACCACCCAACGUGGUAGCUUAUGGUUCGGCUCUGAAGGCUUGCGAGCUGUCACGAGGCUGGAAGCAGGCUUUGUCAUUGCUGACGGAGAUGGACGAAAAGCAGGUGAAACCCAACGUGAUUUGCUUCAACUCGACCAUCAGCGCGUGCGAGAAAUCGGCGCGCUGGGAGUGGGCGCUCGAGGUUUUUUGGCAAAUGCAGCUCAGACGCCUGACACCUGACGUAAUCACUUACAGUGCUGCCUCCAGCGCUUGCGAGAAAUGUGCGGAGUGGCAGUGGUCCCUGUACUUGCUGGACGAUAUGCUCCUCAGACAUAUCGAGCCGGACAGCUACACUUUUGCCUCCGCGAUAUCCGCCUGUCAGAAGGCUUCAGAGUGGCUCGUGGCAUUGUGCUUGCCACGCCCGGACACGGUGGCAGUGGCGGCGGCCAUCUCAGCCUGUGAGAAGGGCCAAAAAAGGAGGUCCGGACUUGCCUGGCGCAGCGCUUCUGCACUCUUGGCCGAGCUAGGGCCACGAAUGUUGCGCCGGGAUGUUAUUUGCAACAACGCAGCCUUUAGCGCCUUCGAGAAGGCCCAACGAUGGUCCCACGCCCUGGCGCUCCUCGAGACGAUUCCAACGUUGGAGAUGGGACUUCUUGGUCUCUCGAGCACGUUGGCCGCGU